UAACAACAAAAUUAUAGCACCCGUUAAUAUAAUAUGCGGGAAACUAUUCAGACACAAUUAUGAGAAGAUUAUGGAGUUACACAUAUGUAAAUGAGGGAGGAAAAAUAUGGAAAGGAUGACUGUGUAAGGUACCACACCUAUUGCUGAGAGUAUAUAAGUGCCCCAGUCUAGAAGAUGACAUUAAAACUCAGAGAGUCUUCUCGCUGUAACUCAGCUGAACUCACAUCUCCUGUCACCAUGUCUUACAGCUGCUGCUCUGGAAAGUUCUCCUCCCGCUCUCUGGGUGGCUGUGUGCGCUUUUCCUCCCCCAGCCACCUGGUCUACAGCACUGGUCUCUGCUCUCCAAGCACCUGUCAGCUGGGCUCCUCUCUCUACAGGGGCUGUAAACCCAGCAGCUACCAGCCCUCCUGCGUGGUGUCCAUCCCCUGCCAGACAUCCUGGUACCAGCCAAGGACCUCCACGCUCUGCAGUCCCUGCCAGAUGACUAACACUGCGUCUCUGGGCUUUGGCUCCAGGCGCGGCUGCUUCCUGAAUUAUGGAUCCAGAAGCUGUUACUCGCUGGGCUGUGGAUCCAGGGGCUUCAGGCCUUUGGGUUAUGGAGUCUGUGGUUUCCCUUCCCUGGGCUAUGAGUUCAGAUUCUGCCGCCCAACAUAUUUUCCUUUUAGGAGUUUCCAGUCAUCUUGUUACUGACCAAUCUAUAGAUCUGGCUUCUACAGAUUAAUGUG